CCAGCCCGUUUAAAAAAGCAACGUUCAUCAAAGGGAAGGGAACGUGUACGCAUCGAGCUAGCUCCAGACCAGCCGCCGACAACUCAAGGCAAGCCUCGCGAGCGCGUCUAUGUUGCAUGCCAACAAUGUCGAAGUCGCAAAAUCCGCUGUGAUGGCGCGAAACCCAUGUGCCACAACUGCAAGCAACGGGGGACGGGUAUAUGCGAGUUUGACUCUAUUCCCAAGAGAAGAGGUCCUGACCGUCAACCUGGGGCGCGUCAGCGGCAUGGGAAAGUCCCAGCUCCUCGCACUCGUCGAAGGGCUCAGUCAGACAACAAGCAAGAAUCCCCCCAGCCUACGCGCGGAACUCCGUACUCAUCUGACCAUCCCGAACGCGACGUGGGCGCUCCGCCAUUGAAUGACCAAAAUGCCACGUGGGCUCAUCUUCCUUCUCCGCCGUCGUCCGCGAGCCCCCAUGCUAAUCGACUCGCCUUCGAACAUCUGGCCCCAGGAUCAUCGGGUUCAAGCGCGAGCGAAGCCCAAUACGACUAUAACAAUAUGAACAUUCAACCGUUCGCGUAUAAUGCUCCCCCAAAUAGUUAUGUUGAGAGCUCUCUCGGGUCCGAAUCUAACCAGCGAGUCCUUCUUCCUCGCAUUUCCACGGGAUCUCAUAUUCAUGCUUCCACCGCAUCGCUUUCCGACUCUUUUUCCCCAGACACCUGCACCCCAGUUUCUUAUUCGUUUAGUAUCACGCAGACUCCGUCAUUGGAUUUUGUGCGUAAGACUUGGUGGGACUCCUUGCUCGAUACAUACUGUUCAGAAACAUAUUGUACACCUGCCAUUGCUACUCGAUAUCAAUCUGCAUACGGGCUGUCAGUGACUAUCCCGCGGGGAACGUAUGCCUCUGGCUUGGCUCGUCAACAAGUUGCGCAAAUUAUUGUCCGAGAUCUGCAGUCGCUGUUCAAGGAUUCUAUUUUCUGGUUCGCAUUCGUCAAUGUUCCGCUCUUCUUCGGGACCUUCUUUCGUGCAAGGGAGACCAUGCAGCCGGCACUCAUACUUGCGGUGCUUAUGUUCUCGAACUAUCUGCGGAGUAGUGCAGUCGAACUAGGGUCAGAAGGGAUGAUGCGGACAAAUUGGUUGAGGGACAAAGCCCAUGCAGCACUUGACGCGAGUGUCAAUGCUUCCUGGAUAGAUCCUGGUCUUGCUCAAGCAGCAUGGCUAUUGGCGUUGUUCGAACUCUCUUCACAACCCAUGCGCAGCGUCCCUCGCCUUCAUUCAGCUAUAUCGACAUUGGACAACAUCAUACGGUCACUAGCUCUUACGUUUAUCGAUUUCCAAGAUCCCUCUGUGUCUGUGCCUACAGAUUCCGCAGAGACGGGGUUCUGCAGUUCCAUUACGUCGAACGGUCAUCUCCUGCAAUAUCAUUCUUCUCCGAGCCCACGUACGGUGGUAGACGCCCUUAACCGCUCGUUAUCGAACGCUCGAUCUCCUUCCGAGCAGCCAUCGUGCAUCUGUAACGAGCUGAGCUUGGGUUAUAAUUGGUCCGAGGCGAAAGAGCACGUCCCCUUUUGGCUCAACUCGCCCGCUUGGAAUCCGUCUUGGACAGAUGCGGAAAUCAGACGCGAAGAAUGCCGAAGACUCUGUUGGAACACACUGCAUUUAUUCGCUGGUUAUACGACGUAUCGCACUUCGUUAGGAUUGGCCACUCUCGAUCUUUUCCUGCUCCACCCUUCAAAUGUCCAUAACAUUUUCCCCGGCGAGAACCUCGCUGAUCUUUUGCCACCAUCGUCCCGUGCCUUGAGGUUUGAUACAGUGUGGGCUUUGUACGCACGUGCCAUUUUGCUUUGGCAUGCAUGCCUACGCAUUCGAAACGUGAGCGAUCGCGAACGCGCAGUCUUCGCGCAGUCCGUUUGGCUUGAGGCAGACGCAAUCGAGAACGCACUUGACGGUCAUACAUGUAACACUGAACGAGCCUUCCUAUAUCACGGCCGCGAAUACCUCUUCAACGCACGCAUGUAUGUCUCCUCCGAGUUCCGCCGCUUUGUACCUCAUCCAAGCCCUGAAAUGUCCGGAGCUGUUCAUCGAAGAAAGGCCGAAGAGUGGCUCACACAUCAAGCGACGAUCGCCAAACGAAGCAUGCAAGGCCUCCAAGCACUCACAGGCGUCCGUGGUACCGUGCUUGCAAGACGACCGUUCUUUUGUUUCUGGUUCAUGGGCCAUGUCUCGCGAUGCCUCCAACUUUGGCAAGUGGACAAGACACUUACGGUUGCUCUUGAGCUUGCGAAACAUUUCCUUGCGCCGAUUAAUUAUCUUUCGGCGCUUUGGCCUUGUGACGGUGAAAUUAGGAUAACAAGGAACAUGAGACCAUUCGUUGCAUUUUCAGAUCAACGGAUGCAGUAUGCUGGCAUUCGAAGACAACUCGAAGACGCUUGUCGCGAGGCGGGCGUUGCACUCCCUCCUCCUAUAGACCCUACCUUCCCGCUUCCACCUAGUUUGACAGGUCUACUCUAA